AACAACUACCAUACACGUGUUAUUCGUGGUUGAUUCUUGAUUGAGUAGUCUCCUCUAAAGUUCGCAGUUUUCCUUUCAAGCGGUCAACAUGAAUUCUGUGGACGAGAUUCUAGCUAAGGUUUUGGAACCUGAUGAUGAAUCAGUUAGAACGGGCACGGCUGAACUUAAGGAGGCAAUGAAACGUCCAACUAUUUUCCCCACCUUGCUUCACAUUGGGAAACACUCCACUAGCCCACUGAUUAGGCAGUAUGCACUUGUCCUUCUCCAAAAACGACUUUCAAAAAUUUAUCAUUGGGAGAAACUGACAGUGGACUUCAAGCAAGGGAUCAAGUUCGGUCUUUUGGAUGCUUUAACCAGAGAACCUGACAUCAGUGUAAGAAACAUAGCUGCCCAAGUGGUUGGGUCGAUUUCAAAACAUGAGUUGGCUGAGAGAAAAUGGCCUGAGCUGUUGGAAUUCAUUCAGCAAUUGUGUUGCCAGGAGAAUGCCAACGAGAAAGAAUUAGGAUGGUUCAUCCUAAGCAUUGUGGCAGAUAGAGCUAUUGAAGAAUUGAAGUUGUUCUUGAAGCCAUUUGUACCCAUCUUUGAUUCCGCUUUGCAAGAUUCCGACACCAUUUCUGCCUGCUACGCCUGUGUUGUUUUCAAAAAGCUUAUUCCAUGUAUUGGAACUGAUGAAAUUACAAUGAUCCAGCCACUCAUCCCUAAAGUUUUAAUUGUCGUUAGAAAUUUCAUUGUCAUUGAUGGAGUCAAGACAAUGACUUGGAUCGCAGUUAAUUUAAUGGAAAUUUGGGAAGAACUGUUGAUGAGAAGAACUGCAGUAUUAGCCCCUCAUUUGAAAGCAGUCACAGAACUGUGCUUGGAAAUUGCUUCCAAAAAAGAGUUGGAUGAUUUCAUGCGAAUUAAAGCUCGAAUUAAAGCUCUGAGUUGUAUUGCCACUCUCGUGCGACUCGAGAAGAAGUCAAUUAUUGAAAAUAAACUUGUCAGUCCAAUUCUCCAAACGCUGUUUGCUGUGAUCAAAGAAGACGAGAAGGAAGAUUUGCGCUUUCCGCUUCAAGCUUUAGAUACGCUGGCCGUAAUUGCUGGAAUGAUUGACGAACAAACCUUCCAGCCGUUUGCUGACGAAUGUCUCAGUUUAACUCUUAAUCUAGUUCAAAGCAAUGACUAUCCUAUUUUCCGCAUACGCGCAUUCAAAGUGUUUGCUUCGCUUGCUAGUGUCAUGAAAGAGGAUGGUGCAGCCCUGCCGGUUAUUAUUCCUUUAUUGGUGAAGGCCAUCGAGAGCAACGAAGGUGUUACUAACGAAGAUGUUAUGGCUGAAACUAAUGAUGAUGACGACGAAUCAGCUUUCCCACCUCUCGAUUUUCUCGACGAUGACGAAGAGUCAAUGGACAACGAAGAUGAUGACGAAAGCGAUGUGGACGGCUACUCUGUGGAGAAUGCAUAUCUGCAAGAAAAGAAGGAAGCUUUCCUUGCCCUUGGGGAAUUGGCCCUGCAUGCCCGAUAUUUCCCACUUAUUCUUCAAUUACUGUCCGAUGCAUUAUCGCGCGAGACUAAUCCGCUUGCGCUGGAUAAUAUCUGCGCUGCAUUUACUCGGAUGAUCAUCGUCAACAUCAGUGCAGUACCCAUGGAUCAGGUUUUCCCAGUGCUGAUGAACUAUCUGCCGUUGCGGGAAGACUUUCACGAGAACUCUUCGGUGCUUAAAUGUUUCCUUUUUCUAUCCUCUAAUGGUCACCCGCUCUUUGCAUCACAUUUACCUCAAGUCAUGAACGUGAUAUUAACGAUGGCCACACAACAGGAACUCCAACCUGAGCAAAAACCCAUGUUUAAUGAGCUGAUGGCGCACAUCGCGUCCGAUUUUCCUGAUCUGUACAACGAAUGGGCGUCCGCUCUUCCAGCUGAAGUACAUCAGAAGUUGAAAGAGGUUUUUGAGUGUAGUGGCUGAAAUAUUGGUCCCAUCUCAAAUGGAAAGUUGAUUGUUCCCAGGUAUUAGUUUUGGCCUACCGGAAAAUUUGGAGUAAGAACAGAAACAAGUUGGUUCACAAGAUUUUAUUUGAGUAAUAUGCUUUCAUGAUCUGUCAAAUUGUUCGAAAUGUUUAAAUUGGGGAUACAAACUUUAGUUUCUGUCGACAGGUUUUAUGAUGUAAACCAAUACAAAUGCUUAACUGUGUA